AUGAAGGGCGAGAUCCUUCACCUCCAUUUGGGCCAGGCUGGUACCCAGCUCGGUAACAGUGCCUGGGAACUCUACCUCCUUGAGCACGGUCUCGGAGCCGACGGUCGCCCUGACCCCAACGCCAAGGAUAUCGGCGAUGGCGGUUCCUACGAGACCUUUUUCAACGAGACGAGCGGCGGCAAGUACGUGCCCCGAUCCAUCUUUGUCGACCUCGACCCGUCCCCCAUCGACGAGAUCCGCACCGGUGACUACCGCUCGCUCUUCCACCCCGAGUUGUUGAUCAGCGGCAAGGAGGAUGCUGCCAACAACUAUGCCCGUGGUCACUACACCAUCGGCAAGGAGAUGAUCGACAACGUCAUGGAGCGCAUCCGCCGUGUUGUCGACAACUGCAACUCUCUGCAGGGCUUCCUCAUCUUCCACUCUUUCGGCGGUGGCACUGGCUCCGGUUUCGGUGCCCUCCUUCUGGAGCGCCUGUCCACCGAGUACGGCAAGAAGUGCAAGCUCGAGUUCGCCGUCUACCCGGCUCCUCGCGUCUCGACUGCCGUUGUUGAGCCCUACAACGCCGUCCUGUCCACCCACAGCACGAUCGAGAACUCUGACUGCACCUUCCUGGUCGACAACGAGGCCGUCUACGACAUCUGCCGCCGCAACCUCGACAUUCCCCGCCCCAGCUCCGAGCACCUGAACCGCCUCAUUGCUCAGGUGGUCAGCUCCAUCACCACCUCCCUCCGCUUCGACGGUGCCCUCAACGUCGACCUGAACGAGUUCCAGACUAACCUCGUCCCUUACCCCCGUAUCCACUACCCGCUCAUCAGCUACGCUCCCGUCGUCUCCGCGGCCAAGAGCGCCCACGAGAGCUUCAAGGUCCACGACCUCACCUUCCAGUGCUUCGAGCCCAACAACCAGAUGGUCGUCUGCGAUCCCCGCAACGGCAAGUACAUGGCCGUCGCUCUCCUGUACCGCGGAGAUGUCGUCCCCCGCGACUGCAACGCCGCCAUUGCCGCCCUCAAGGCCAAGGCUUCCUUCAACCUCGUCGAGUGGUGCCCUACCGGCUUCAAGCUCGGCAUCAACUACCAGAAGCCCAUGGCCGUCCCCACGGCCAACCCCGCCGACGGCGGCCUUGCCUGCGUCGACCGCUCCGUCUCUAUGCUGUCCAACACCACCGCCAUUGCUGAGGCCUGGUCCCGCCUGGACUUCAAGUUCGACCUCAUGUACAGCAAGCGCGCCUUUGUGCACUGGUACGUCGGUGAGGGUAUGGAGGAGGGUGAGUUCAGCGAGGCCCGUGAGGACCUGGCUGCUCUCGAGAAGGACUACGAGGAGGUCGCCGCCGACUCGUUUGAGCCCGAGGAGGGCGAUGUCGAGUACUAA